AUGGAUCCCAAUGCUUUCACUGUGCCUUUCCAGGCUACCAAGACGCUUCGCCGUGACGUCUACCCUACUAUCGACCCCAAGAACCCCGAGUUGAGUGCCAAAGGCAAGACCAUCCUCAUCACGGGUGCUACAGGUGGACUUGGUGGUGAAGUUGCGCGAGCCUGGGCAAUCGCUGGUGCGAAAGGCAUUGUGCUUUCAGGCCGCAACAAAGAGGGCCUAAAGGAACCGGCAGAGGCCGUUGCAUCGCUCAGUCCUUCGACUGAAAUCCUUUGCCUGACUGCCGACUUGACCAACGAGGCUGAGGUUGAAGAACUAUUCUCCAAUGCUGUGAGCCAUCUCGGUACCGUGGACGUGGUAUUACACGCUGCUGGGAGCAUGGUUGGUGGACCGGUGGGCGACUUACCUCCCAACACUUGGUUCAGUGACUACGAGGUCAAUGUCAAGGGCUCGUACGUCCUUGCGCACUACUACCUCAAGGCUAUAUCGGCUGGUACGCUUAUCUUUGUCGGUACGCUGGGCGCCUCAUUGACGUUUACUGGUAUGAGCGCGUACUCUGGAAGUAAGAUGGCGUUGCUCAAACUGGCUGAGUACCUGGAUGCCGAGAGGCCGAACCUCCGCGUCUUUACCGUUCAUCCCGGGAUUGUUGCUGCGACAGAAACGCAGCGUGGCAUGGUUGUUGACUCGCUCACGCGGUUCGCGAUCGACAAGGGCAUACAGACGGGCGGGUUGUCCUUGUAUCUUGCCCGACCAAAGGCAGAUUACUUGAAGGGCUCCUUCAUCAGUGUGAACUGGAAUCUGGAUGAACUGGAGAAGCACAAAUCUGAGAUCACUGAGCAAAAACUCCUGAAGCUUGCUUUCCUUGGUGCUAAGUUGGGACCUGAGGGCCAUCCGUGGUCCGAGUGA